AUGUCACAAUUUUCUAAUAAGGAUUAUGACGCAGACAAAUAUGCAAAUUUUCGUCCAACAUAUCCAAUCGUAUUUUAUGAUAAACUAAAAAACUAUCAUAAUGGCAAAGGAAAUUUGGUAAUUGAUUGUGGUUGCGGACCUGGUACAGCAACCUUACAAUUGUCAAAAGAAUUGGCAUUUAAAAAAACUAUUGGUACAGAUCUUUCAAUGAUAAUGAUAGAAAAGGCUAAUCAAAAAUUACAAGAAAGUAAGUUAGCAAAUGAUAUUGAAUUUGUUGUGUCAGAAGGCGAUGACUUCAAAUUUUUAAAAGACAAUUUCAACAAGCACAAUGUUGAUAUGAUUACAGCUGCUGAAUGUGUUCACUGGAUUGGAUGGGAUAAUUUUCAACAAGCAGCAUGGAAUAAUUUAAGGAAAAAUGGUAGUUUAGCAAUAUGGGGCUAUGUAGAUCCAAUUGUAGUUGGUUAUCCUAAAUUAGGCGAAAUUAUUUUAGAUUAUUUUUAUUCAGAUGAUAAAUUGGGACCAUAUUGGCAACAACCAGGUCGUAAUAUUCUUCGUUCCUUGAUGAAAAAUUCUCAAUGGGAUACUACAAAAUUUACAGAGAUUGAAAAUAUGAUUUUAGAUACAAAAGAGUAUGGUAAAGGAAUUCAUGAUGAUCGGUUAUAUCUAAGCAAUACGGUGACCAUUGUUGCUUUGAAAAAUUAUCUAAGUACAUCCAGUUCGUAUCAAUCAUGGAAGAAAAAAAAUCUCACCUCAAAGGAUAUCUGUGAGCAAUUCUUCGAGGAAAUCCUUUUAACUUACCCUUCAUUAACUCCAGAUUCCAAAGUUAAAAUUAUUUUCAAUAGUUUUUAUAAGUUUGCAAGAGCUAAAUAA